AUGAUUGACAUGUGCUUAAUUGCUUUGGAAGAUGAUGAAAAAGAAUCAAGAAGAAUAAGAAGCAUGGAAUGUUCAAUAUCCACAAGAUGUGAAGGUGAAGAGAUCAAUGAUGAAGUUGCCAAUAUGUGCUUCACGGCAAUGGAGGAAAGCUCUAAUGAGAUGUGCUUGAAAUCCUCAAAGCUUGAAAGUAAGUGGUACUUGGAUGGUGGAUGUUCAAGACACAUGACCGAAAAUGUCAAUCUCUUCCUUUCACUUGAAAAGAAAGAUGGAGGUGGGCUAGUGACUUUUGGUGAUAAUGAUAAAGGUAAAAUUGUGGGAAUAGGUAAGGUUGGCAAGGAAAACUCCCCUAUUCUUGAUAAAAUGCCUUUGGUUGAUGGUUUAAAACAUAAUUUGCUUAAUGUUAGUCAAUUAUGUGAUAAGGGCUGUAGAGUUAUUUUUGAGUCCAAAUCUUGCUUUGUGUCUAGGAUGAGUGAUAACAAAAUGUUGUUUAUUAGUGAAAGAAUUGAAAAUAUUUAUGUUAUCAAUUUGUAUGCUUUGUUUAGCAAAGAUGUCAAGUGCUUUGUUUCUAUUAGUGAUGACUCUUGGACUUGGCAUAGAAGGCUUAACAUUCUAGCAUGGACCUUCUUGCAAACUUGA